CGUGUGCCCCCGUUUUAAUCCAAUUCCUUCUUCUACUAGAACAUUGCGAUCAAUUCAUGUAACGCGUAUAAGUAAUUGUAUAGUUGUCAAACAGACUGAGAAAACGAUUCAAGUUCACAGUGUUAAAAAUGGUCUUCCUCAUGAUGUCCAGGUACCUCGGUCUGAUUCUGCUCGUUAUUACGACGUGCGCCCACGGAGCCAAAAAAUGCGAGGGAAAUGAUUUGGGCUUGAAAUACGUAUGGGGCGAUGCGCUCACGGAUCCAGCUGAUUGUAUAGGUCCAAAUAACAUGCAGUAUCCGUCAGCCGCAAUAUCGAGAAGUUACAAGAAUCUUUGGACGAACAGCCGAAUUGCGAGAUCUCAUCAGGCACGAACGAUCGAUCCCGAAUUAACGAGGCAGGCGCUAUUGCACAAUUACAAAAUUACUCAUGGAGAUUAUUCGAUGGCCGAAUCCUCGCGGAAUGGCAGAGGAUUUUCCUCGAGGGAAACAUGCGGUUCACCGGCUAGAUUAUGCAAAACGAGGUACAACACUACGGCACCUAUGUACGGAGUCAGUUUAACCAGCGGCCAACCUGUGACAAUCGUGCAAAAAUUCCCUGAUCUUUUGCAGCAAGUUGUAUUCGAAGUUUGCGAAUCAAAAGAGUGCGAUGUAGUCCACGGUGAGUGCACGCAGACAUACGUGCCAUACCUGUUCCUGGUGAUUCCACUUGGACCGGUGACCUUGACCGGUCAAGAUUACGUUCUGGUCGAGAGUGGUUGCGUGUGCAAGCCGAGAAAUUCGGCGAGCGGCAUGUCCGAGCCUCCGGCUGUUCCAAGCUUUUAAACGUUCGUCGAACUCUAGCGAUCGACAUCGAGCGCACCUUUACACCUCUGCGCUGGAGGACAUACAGCUCGAGAUCCGUGUCGAAUGUGACGAAUCGGUGGAAGGUGACCCGAAGCUCGAACAACCUCGCCGAGGAACCUAGUAACCUCUUUGACGAAGCUAGCAAAGGAUGCUGAAACCAGUAUUGAAGUCGCUAGAGAAUUGAUUUCUCGAGAGAAAUCUAGAAUAUGAACAAUUUUCCCUGCGUAUGCAGUACAUCUUUCUUCCGCGACGGGGUAUUAACUUUUACCGUGGAUCAGCUUCUCUAGUUUGUCCGAGGUGUCACGAUUUCCACGAGGAGUAGCUUUCUAUUAAAGCUGAAGAUUCCUUUCGUUGCGAUCUCGAAUAUUUCGUGAAAUUCACCGUAUAGAUAAUUUAGACGUCAAAGUAAAGACUCUUUUUUUAUCAUCAAUCAUUUAUAACAGGGAUUCAAUCGUACAUCGGUAUCGAUUAUAAAAUACGAUUAUAAAAUUCAUCUAUUCAUAAAUUAUUUUAUAUUUUUGUUGAUUUUUUUAUAAAAAAAGAAAUUGUUUCAAAGAAACAACAGUAAUAAGUUCGUAGUUCGAAUAAUGGCGCCACUCCUUUAUCGUCGUUUUUCUUGAAGUCAAAGAAAAAAAAAAAAAAAAAGAAGAAGAACAAGAAAAAGAAGGAAGGAAAUAAGUUAGAAGAAAUUAUUUCAACGUGAAAAAACAAAUCGGAGCAGUGGCGGUCGUUUCGCGGAAUCCGGUCUCGGAAUCCGAUCGAGUUCACUAGACCUGCCCACGAGCCGGUUUCAAGCAGGUGUAUAGAAUAGCUUGUAACAGUGCUCCGCAAGAAGUAUCAGCGAGAAAUUCUUUCCAAACGUAUCACAAAGUUAUAUCAUUUGCGUCGAAUCCUUAAUAUCACCAUUAAAUAUCCGUUCUGUUUUAUUGAUCAUAAGAUAAAUUCUUUAGAAUUCAUUUUCUUCGUGUAUUCAUUUUCUUGAUGUAUCAUAUAUGAGACAUCAACGAUCGAUCGAUUAAAGCGGUCAAAGUGACCGAAAAAUCUAGUUUUGAUUUUCUUUCUCAAUAUAUAUCAUUAAUUAAACAAAAAAAAAUAUCUUCUUAUUGCACAAAAACGUAUAAAAUAAUGAAGAUAAAAUGCUAAAAAAUAAAAAUAAUCGUUCUUAUUUUUAUAUUGGAAUCAGUUAAAUCGUUACUGACACACGCUACUGGCCUGUUUAUAUUUCUUAGAACCGGACUUUGAAAGCUCGCGUUAGAAUCGUACCGACAAACAGGAUAGACGUGCAGUCGCAAUACGAAUGGACCGUACCAUGAAUUCCGAUGAGUAUAAAGUACCGUUAUCCGCUUUGCGGGACCCUUCACCUCGAUUUACUUCACUUGGUUAUUUCAUAGGCAAGAUUCAUACGGCGCCUACAAGUAGCUAACUUGUAUCGUUCAUUCAUGGCGCGCUACUUAAUCAUCAAUAGCUCUCUUAUCUUGCUUUGUAUCCAGGUAUUAGUUUUCUACGGUGCUUGUGAUUUUCCUAUGCAAUUAUAAAUAGAAUCGUAAUUCGAAAAUUCAAAUAUUUAAGUCAAAAAAUGACAAUUGAAUAAAAUGUCUUCCGAUUUUGUAUAUUUCGUCAUAAAAAAAAUUAAAUAUCGAUUGUUCGUUAGACAUAAUACAAGAUGGAGCACAUCAAACGUUAUAAAUUUUUUCCGAAACUACUACUAUUGAUAUUGUCAUGCUUUUUUUUCUCUUUAAUAUCUAUAUUUUAUAUGAUUUGCUUAUCAAUGAUUUAAUACAAAAAAAAGAAGAAACAUAAAUAUCUAUAGUAGUUUAGGAGAGAAUUAUUUAUAACUUUUUAUGUGAUUCAUUUUAUAUAAGUGGGAAUUAAAUACAAGUACGAAUUCGCAUGUCGAUGUUCUGUGCCAGUGCCGUACGGAAAAAGUGAUACAUAAAGAAAUGCCGUAAUGUUACAGCGAACAAUUUUUUUCAUAUCGCAUGUCAUCUUUUGUAUCUAUAGUUGUAAUAUGCAAGUAUAUAUUUAUAAUUUAUUAUUA